AUGACUGGGCGGCAUUCCCGUCGUUCAUUUCAGGAGGUUUCUCCGCAAGCGGUUGCGGUUGGGGAGGGAUGGCGUGGGAAGAAACGACGCGUGGGGGGAGGAUCGUAUGGAGCCGCCACCGCACAAUCACCCGCGCUCGUGGCGAAUCUCCUCUCUCUUCCUCGUCGCCUCCUUUUCGGGUUUUUCGUAAACCCCUCCCGCCCACUGCGGCGGUUUCCCGCAGGGCGAGGCACUCCACGAGAAGCCGCCUCGCCACCCCCCGCCGGCGAUGCGCAGGCGCGACGAGCACCACCUGCACGUACCCCUCCACCUCCCCUUCUCCUUUCCCCCCUCCCAACCCCACCCAAACCACGCCUACCACCCCAAUCACCUUCAACCCCCCCUGCUCCCCAGCGGAAAGGACCCCACCCACACCAGAAGAAACGUUUCGGUCAGAUGAAGAAACCCCACUGGUGGCGUUCGGGAUUGGUUCGGGGAGGAAAGCCACCCAAUAGCUGUGGAUCUGCUCGAGCUGGGCGCGGGAGCAGCGGGGGUAAGGGCUGA